GAUAAUUACCUAAAUAUAAGUAAUAAUUAUACUGGCAAUGGCGUCCGAGCGUUACGGGCAGCAGCAGCAAGCUGACUACUACACUCAGCCGCAGCAGCAGUCACAGACCUACGGCGCCGCCAAGGCGGCAACGGCGGCGACCGUCGGCGGAUCGCUCCUGCUGAUAUCCGGCCUGACGCUGGCGGCAACGGUGAUCGGGCUGGCGGUGGUGACGCCGCUGUUCGUCAUCUUCAGCCCCAUCCUGGUGCCGGCCGUGGCCGCGGCGUUCCUGGUGACCAUCGGGUUCCUGUCGUCCGGCGCGUUCGGGCUGGCUGCAGUGAGCGUGCUGUCGUGGAUGUACCAGUACAUGACGGGGAAGAAUCCGCCGGGCGCGGCACAGCUGGAGUACGCCAAGGGGAGGAUCGGAACGACCGCUCGGGAGGUGAAGGACAAGGCGGCGGAGAAGUUCGGGUCGCAGCGGACCGCGGCGGCGUAGAUGGAGGGAGGAAAUGGUUCAUUACGAGAAUGCUGUUUGGUUUGAGAGUUAGUAGGAAAAGAGGGCUUAGAUUUAUUUCUGAGCCUUUUAAAUGGUCUGUUGUUGAAUGGGUGUUGUUAAUUUGUAGCUGGUUUGGGUUCGUUUGUGUAAAAUUUUAAUUCCAUGCUUUGCUCGAAAUAAAAAGUUGUUAUUGAA